ACCGUUCUUUUGCAUUCGCCUUUCUCGCUCUUGCAACCGAGUCAACCACGCAUCUCGCGAACAAGAACAACUUUAUUCCCCCAUCUCUUUUUUUUUUUAACAGUGACAACUUUAUUCCAAACUUAACCGCCACUUCUCAGCUCUCACAAUUACAAUUGCCACAGUGGCUCAAUUAUUCAAUCUUAACCCUCUGUGGCUCAAUUAUUCAACUCGCUCUCUCUCUUAACCCUCUGAUGCUCUCUCUCUUAACCCUCUGAUUGCAAACUUAGGGUUUUCGUUUUUGGGCCCUCGAGGAGAAAGGAUCAUGAGCGGUUGAAUUUUGUGGUAUUGAUAUUUUUUAGAUUUGAAAUUGGGGUUUUUUAGGCAAUGGAGAAGACAACGUUUGUAGGUUGUUAAGGUUUUCCAGUAUUUAGAGCCCUGGGGAUCAGGAAUUGGGUUUCCUUUUUGGGGAAGAAAACAUCAUUGGCUUCUUGAAAUUUACGAGCUCUGAGAGUUGGCUGGAAUACUGAUAGUCACAGGGGAAUAAAAGAUUAGUUCUUGAGGUUUUAUACAAUACUUUUGGGUUUUUGAAUAGCAUGGAUAACGGUAGUUGGAUGCCUGCUCAAGGCAAGGGUGAUCUAGUUCUAACGGAUGCUAACGAUUGGAGGACAGAGCUUUCAGCUCAGUCUAGGCAGAGGAUUGUGAAUAAGAUAAUGGAAACUCUUAAGAGACACUUGCCAGCAGGUGACCCCGAUGGACUGUCUGUACUCACGAAAAUUGCUGUAAGAUUUGAAGAGAAGAUCUUUACUAAUGCUGAGAACCAGGCAGAUUAUUUGAGGAAAAUAUCUCUAAAGAUGCUCACUAUGGAGACAAAAUCUGCCAUGGGUAAUUCUAUGGCAUCAAACCCUAUUGGAGAAAAACAUGCGAGAUCAUGGUGAACAUUUGUCAAGUAUAGAAA